AUGGCUCCCUAUGAGGCUUUGUACGGGAGACGGUGCAGGUCACCUAUCUGUUGGGAUAAUGUAGGAGAAAGAAAACUUUUGGGGCCAGAGAUUGUGCAAAUAACAGUUGAGAAGGUUCGCCAAAUUAGAGAUCGAUUACAAGAAGCUCAGAGCCAGCAGAAGAGUUAUGCAGACAACAGAAGAAGAAGCUUGGAAUUUCUAGUGGGAGAACACGUGUUCUUGAAAGUUGCUCCUACUAAAGGAAUUCCCUUUCGAAAUCUUGGACCUAUUGGUGAGGUGGCUUAUCGGCUUGCCCUUCCACCUGCUCUCUCUCGAGUACAUAAUGUGUUCCAUGUCUUCAUGCUGAGGAAAUAUGUUUCCAAUCCUAAUCACGUGAUCCAGUUCUUGGGAUUUGAGCUAAAUAGUGAUUUAUCUUAUAAAGAGCAGCCGGUAAAGAUUGUAGAUUUCAAGAAGCAAGAGUUGAGGAAGCGAGUCAUUCCUUAUGUCAAAGUUCAGUGGAAAAAUCAUUAUGUGCAUGAAGAAACUUGGGAAUUGGAGUCUGAAAUGAGGGAGAAGUAUCCUUUUCUGUUUCUCAGGCCAAGUGCGAGUUUAGAGGACUAA